AUGGCAAUAUUCGGUUUACAAAUUGUUAUUUCUUUAGUUGUGUUUUGUUUUUUAACUAAAUUAACGAAGUAUUAUUCAUUUGGUCGUUGGUUAUUAUGCAAAGGUUUAUUUCGUUAUUGGCCACCGACAAAUGAAGAGUUCAAACAAGCCAUCAAACAACGCUAUGCAAAGGAAUCGACAAAUAAAUCGAAAAAGCAAGCAAACAUCUCGAAAUCGUAUCACAAAGCUUCUUCGGAGAAUAACAACGAUUCAAACACAACCGAAGAAUUUCCAAUUCCAGCGGAUACAUCAAUUGAAUUGAAAUUAAUUCCAAUCGUUCAUAAAGAUGCAAUUUAUGUGAAAUAUAUCGAUGAAUUCUUUUCCUUAGUUGAUUUUAUCUCUGGCUCGAUUGUUAUUUUUCUUUUAACAGAAAUUUAUCUCUACAUCAUCCCAAUAAUUCGUCAGAAUAAUGAACAUUUAAAUGAGAUUAAUCUGAGCUUAUUCUGGUGUUCAAUCUCAUUGUUACUUGCAUCGAUUGUUUUGACAAGAUUUGUACGAGAAUAUUUAAAAGUUGACGAAGGAAUUUUAUGCAUUCUCUUCGGUGCUUUUUCGUUUCUUCUUGCACUCUGCUUGCAAUUCAUCGAUGAACGUUUCUUUCAUUUUAAUCUGAAAGAAACAUAUGGAAACCGCACGAUCGUUUAUAACGAUGACAAUGACGAAGAAAUGAACUAUCUCGAUCGUCGUUUUAUAUACAUCGUUAUGUGUUUAGCGGUCCUGAAUGCUUAUCAAUCAAUCAUACUUUUUUUCCCAGCAUUUCGUUUUGGUCAAUUGCAAUACUUAUUCGUCUUAAAAAAUCGACAAUCAAAACGAGAUUUCAAACAAAUCUUAGUUUUUCUCUUAACUAUAGUCAAUUUUACCCUACCGAUAUUCACAUGUUUACUAUGGUUGAAACCAAUCAUUCAACGUUUUGAUGAAACUCAUCUUAUACAAUUGAAGAUCGUUUCCGUCAUAUUCUGUUCAAUUUUACGAAUUUGUCUAUUCAAACCAUACAUGCAAAUCUAUCUUGACACAGCCUUCGAUCGUGUCAAGACUCUCUACGAGCAACAACAAUCCACUUCUACACGAAUAACCAAUCUUUCCUAUCAACGUAACGUCACAUCCAUAUUCUUAUAUCUUGGUGUCGUUACAUCUCAAUACAUCUUACCGAUUUUUAUUGAAUUGAUUAUUUGCUUCUAUUUGAAAGUCUUUUCUUCAAAUAAUAAUGUUCUACCACUUCAUGCUCCAACUCCACCACGCUGGUUGCAAUACUUUGAUAAUUAUAUGACGAAUUCUACUGAUGCAAAUUCAUCAUUAGCUGCAUCUUGGAAUGAAAUGAGAACGUUGUUUAGUAGUCAACAUUUCACAGUCUUAAUUUCGUAUAUUCUCUUUUGGCACCAUACAAUGUUUUGCUUGGUCAGUUGUGGAUCAUUAAUUUAUAAUACGUAUAUUCAACGUGAACAAUAUAUACAUGCUAAAAACGAUUGA